AUGGCCACGUUGGUGUGCAGGGUUCAGUUUUUAGACGACACCGAUCCGUUCAACAGUACCAACUUCCCGGAACCGACCAGGCCGCCUCUGUACACCUUUAGGGAGGACAUCCCCCUCAUCAACCAACUAGCAGGCAUCCACCGGCUCCUCAAGGCUCCACACAAGCUCGAUGACUGUGCACUGCAGCUUUCCCAUAAUGGCACAUAUCUGGAUCUGGAGUCUUCCUUGGCAGAACAAAGGGACGAGCUUGAGGGCUUUCAGCAGGACGACACAGGGUCCAGAGGGAAAAAACACAGUGUUGUCUUACGUACCCAGCUAACUGUCCGCGUGCACGCAUGCAUCGAAAAACUUUAUAACUCCAAUGGACGUGACUUGAGAAGGGCGCUUUUCUCACUGAAGCAAAUCUUUCAGGAUGACAAAGACCUGGUCCAUGAGUUUGUGAUGGCUGAAGGCUUGACAUGUCUAAUCAAAGUGGGUGCAGAAGCAGACCAGAACUAUCAGAACUAUAUACUAAGAGCACUGGGCCAGAUCAUGCUAUAUGUUGACGGGAUGAAUGGUGUCAUUAGCCACAAUGAGACAAUUGAGUGGCUUUACACACUUGUUGGCUCGAAGUUUCGUCUUGUGGUAAAAACAGCUAUGAAGUUGUUACUGGUCUUUGUGGAAUACUCCGAGUCCAAUGCACCGCUUCUCAUAGACGCCAUAGCCACAGUGGAUUCUAAGAGAGGUUGCAAAGCGUGGUCCAGCGCCAUGGAGAUCUUGCAAGAGAAAGACGGAGUUGACACAGAACUGCUGGUCUAUGCUAUGACCCUCAUAAAUAAGACAUUGGCAGCCUUACCAGAUCAAGAUUCCUUCUACGACAUGGUAGACGGUCUGGAGGAGCAAGGAAUGGAGACAGUAACUCAGAGACAUUUGGGUCGGAAAGGCACUGAUCUGGACUUAAUUGAGCAGCUCAACAUCUAUGAGUCUACACUCCGACAUGAGGAUGGCGACGACGACGCCCAGCCUCCACCAACGGGGCGACGUGAUCGGCGGCGAGCGAGCAUUGGGAGCGGGGAUAGACAGUGCGGGCUGGAGAGGAGACGGAGCCGCAGGGCUUCUCUGGGCCGAUCCGGGCACGCGUCCCCCUGCAGUCCUGCGUCACCUCAGAGGGCGGGCUUCCACCCUUUUAGUGGACAGAGGGCAGAGGAGAUAAGCGAGAGAGCACUAUCAGGUUGCCUUCCAUCCAUAGAUGAGGAAUGUGAGGAUGGACUGAUAAAGGUGUAUGAAGAGGAUGAGCCUGCACUGACUGAGUCUGAUUCAGAUGAAAACGAUGACGCUUUUUUAUCUAGUCAGAGUAGCUCAAGGCAUCUUCCUUCCAUCAUUCAACGGACAAUCCAGUCCAUCACCAUCACAUCUAAACCCUUACAUGAGCGCGAUCUUGGGAAUUGGAAAGAGCCUCCUGCAAGCCCCUUGAGCCCCCCCUUGACACCCAUGUCCCCUCCUCCCAUGCCCUCCCCACUCAGCCCUCCCUCACUUUUGGCUGCCCUGUUGGCCAAGAAGAGGGUUACCAGCACUGUGCCAGCCACCAAGGAGAUCAGCCCGCCGUUGCGUGGCAGCUCGUAUCCCUCCCCCGAGCACCAGCCCUACAAACCCCACUCGCCCUUUCACCUCUUUUCCUACGACAUGGAUGAAGACACGUCACUCCAUUCUCCAUCCAAAGCGUAUGCGGAGACGGACAAUACGGCAUCUUCAAGGAAUGGAAGUCUCACAUCCUACUCAUCUCACAGCAGCCCCACCAGUCCAAGGCCUCCUCUGGGGGGACUCCUGUCCUCCUCAUACCGACAACAUCAGGAGUCCUUGGCGGCCGAACGAGAACGGCGCCGAGUAGAAAGAGAGGAGAGGCUGCAAAGGAUCGAACGAGAGGAGAGGAACAAACACAGCCGAGGCUAUGUGGAUAAAAUGGAAGAGGCCAGGGUGGCACGGGAAGAGAGGUAUAAAAAUGUGGAGCGCUUAGCGGCUGAGGAGUACGAGAAGGAACGUAUCCCCCGUGGGCCGAGGACGCGCCCUGACCUCGACCUGACCUUUGAACCCUCUGAUGCUUGGUCAUCGUCGAGGCGCAGCAGCACCCCGUCCUCGACCGCUUCUCAAGAGGAGUGCGAAGCCGACAACGAAGCAGAGCCCAUUUCUAGCCCUUACGCACCUUCUGAAGCUGGCGAGGUUGAUGACUCCAGGGCCAGUGUAGAAACUGAGGAGAAAGAGCCCGAGGAAGAAAAAGAGGAGCAAGAGGAGGAGGAGGAGAGAAGGGAAGAAGAGGAGGAAGUGCAGGAGGAAGCAGAGGUAGAAAGCGAGGAGGAAAGCGAGCAGCAGGAGGCUCAAGCAACGAAGGAGCAUGAGGAUGUUGAAGAGGACAGUGGCAUAUUAAGCGACAAGGAGCGACAAAAUGAGGAGGUGAACGAGAAGGAUAACUGCUCGGCCUCCAGCAUCUCCUCAGCCAGCAGCACCUUGGAGAGAGAGGAGCGAGGGAACAGUGAGAAUGACCUCAAAGAAGAGGUAAACAAACAGUGCAGCAAACUCCUCAACAGUAAACUCUUCAUGCUGGACAUGUUGUACUCGCAAAACAAGAAACCUUGUGAGGAAGAGGAGGAUGCAGAGCUCGAGAAAGAGGAAGGAGAGGGAGAGAACAAAGAGGAGACUCAUAAGGACGUUGACAGACAGGUCAGUGAUGGUAAAACAGAUGACAACAGGGAGGAAAAAUCGGAGCAGCGGGGAAGCAUACGCCAGUUUGCCGAGCGCUUCGGAAACUUGAUCAAGGACAUUGGCUGCUCUCACCCUCAUUCGGACAGCCAAGCCAGUGAGCUCAUGGCAAUCACUCCUCCCAAAAAGGAAUCAGAAACAAUAUGGGACCAACUCUUGGCCAGCCCGCGAGAGCUGCGCAUCGGUGACAUAAAUUUCACCGACUUGACAGAGGACGACGACACGGACGUCCUGAACACUGCUCUGAUGGGCAGCUAUGGCGACCUCCCGCCUCCGCCGCCCCCACCUCCUCCACUUGCCUCGAUGACCUUCCCCUCCUUCCCUCCACCUCCGCCUGUGCUCGGCACUUGUCCGCCAGCUCCUCCCUUGUCGGGGAUGAUGCUCCCUCCUCCUCCUCCCCCAUCGUUCAGCUCGUUGAUGCCUCCUCCUCCUCCUCCUGAGCCUCCGCUCUUCAACAAGAAAAAGAAGACUAUCAGGUUAUUCUGGAAUGAGGUGCGACCUGAAUCACCACACAAGGACCACAAGAGAAGUGGAGAUUCUGUCUGGUCCAAACUGGAUUCAGUGAAAUUAGACACAGCCAAACUGGAACAUCUGUUUGAGUCCAAGUCGAAAGAAAUGCCUGUGACUAAGAAAACGGCAGCAGACGGCAAGCGUCAAGAGAUCAUCGUGCUGGAUUCCAAAAGGAGCAACGCCAUUAACAUCGGUCUGACUGUUCUACCUCCUCCUCGAACCAUCAAGACGGCGAUCCUUAACUUCGAUGAAUACGCGCUCAACAAGGAGGGCAUUGAGAAAAUCCUCACCAUGAUUCCUACUGAGGAGGAGAAGCAGAAAAUCCAGGAGGCUCAACUGGUUAAUCCUGACACGCCACUGGGUUCAGCUGAGCAGUUCCUGCUCACUCUGUCGUCCAUCAGCGAGCUCUCUGCCCGACUUCAGCUGUGGGCAUUUAAGAUGGACUACGAGGCGACUGAGAAGGAAGUGGCUGAGCCAUUGCAGGAUCUAAAGGAGGGAAUGGAACAAUUGGAGAAAAAUAAGACGCUCCGCUACAUCCUCUCCACACUGCUCGCCAUCGGAAACUUCCUCAAUGGAACCAACGCUAAAGGUUUCGAGCUGACAUACCUGCAGAAGGUGCCAGAAGUGAAGGACACAGUCCAUAAGCAGUCUUUACUACACCACGUCUGUUCUGUUGUGGUGGAGAACUUUCCUCAAAGCACGGACCUCUACUCGGAAAUUGGAGCUAUUACACGUUCCGCAAAGGUUGAUUUCGACCUGCUGCAGGAAAACCUGAAUCAGAUGGAGCGUCGCUGCAAAGCAUCAUGGGACCACCUGAAGGUGAUUGCCAAGCACGAAAUGAAACCGCAACUCAAGCAAAAGAUGUCGGACUUCCUCAAAGACUGCGCGGAGCGAAUCAUUAUCCUCAAGAUCGUCCACCGCAGGAUUAUCAAUAGGUUCCAUUCGUUCCUGUUGUUUCUGGGACAUCCGGCAUACAGUGCGAGAGACGUUAGUGUGCACAGGUUUAGUAAGAUUCUUAGUGAAUUCGCUCUUGAGUACCGCACCACCCGGGACCGAGUGCUACAACAGAAACAGAAACGGGCCGACCACCGCGAGCGAAACAAAACACGAGGGAAGAUGAUUGUGGACGUCGACGUGUCAUCUGAUGAUGAAGAGGAGAGUGAGAGUGGGCGUUAUGGUUCAAGCAGUGCCCCUAGUGGAUGCCAAGGAGAGCAGCCCCAAGGUCUGGACCACGCGGAAGACGCCGCCGAACACGAGCACAUGAAAGCGGUGCUAAGAACUAGCCUUAGUGGCAGUGGUGACAAGGACAUAAGCGGUGUCCCAGGCCUACGGACACGCACGCGAUCACGACCAGGACGAGGAGGUGCCAGCAUGCGGGCGCGUACACCAGCUGUUGAAGACGCACAGGUGUGCGGCGAUGAUGCUGCGGAUGAGAUCAUGGAGCGGAUCGUGAGGUCCGCCACUCAGGCUCCAGGAAGUAGACCGCAACCACGAGAGAGGAGGAGGUCUCGGGCAAACCGUAAAUCAUUGAGGCGGACCUUGAAGAACGGUUUGACUCCAGAGGAGGCAGUGGCAUUGGGUUUAACUGAUUCUGGCGAGCCACAGAUGUAA